AAACAAAAUGGCGGAUCACAAGGAGUAGGACGUUGUCUGCGCUACGUGAGGGUUUUCAUUUAAUACCGUGUGCAACCUGUUAGUUUGUGUUUUGUCUGUAAACCGACCAUCCAUCGUACAUCACCGAAACCAACUUGAGCACAUUCUGCGUUCAAUUUUGCACAAAAUGUCUGACGUUAGGGACAUUUUUGAGUGGGAUGUUGACGUACAGGCAGAGCCAGGAACUGCGCCGCCGCCGAGCGCGUCGACCUCCUCGACCGCCGUCAACAGCACCGAGACCACGGCACAACAAGUACGGAAGAAAGAUGAGAUCAUUGGCAUUAUUGGCUCACAUUCAUCAGAGAAAAAAACAGAAAUCAAAGAAAAACCAUGAGUCCACAUUUAAGAGACCUGAGGGUAUGCACAGAGAGGUAUAUGCCCUGCUCUACUCCGACAACAAGAUUUGUAGGGAUCCUCCAGCGCUAAUACCAUCGGAUUCCAACCAGGGUUAUAAACAGAUGAAAGCAAAGUUAGGACGGAGUAAAGUUCGACCCUGGAAGCGGAUGUCAUUCACAAAUCCUGCCAGAAAGGACGGUGCAGUGUUUUACCACUGGAGGAGAGUUGCAGAUGAGGGUAAAGACUACCCGUUUGCUCGAUUUAAUAAGGAGGUGUCCGUGCCACUGUAUACCAGUCAAGAGUACCAGCUGAAUUUACAUGAUGAGAAAUGGACCAAACAGGCUACCGACCAUCUCUUUGACCUCUGUAACCGCUUUGACCUGCGAUGGGUCGUAGUUCAUGACCGGUUCGAUUACACAUCGUAUGGGAAGCGUAGUAUUGAAGAUAUGAAGGAGCGUUAUUACAGCAUCAUCAACAAAUUGUCCAAGGCUCGAGCUGAUCCCAGCCUGAGCAAUAGAGCGGCGCAGGUGUAUGACGCUGAACAUGAAAGGAAGAGGAAGGAACAACUGCUGAGAUUGUUCAAUCGCACUCAAGAACAGGUGGAAGAGGAGGAGAUGCUGAUCGCAGAAUUAAAGAAGAUCGAGUUGAGGAAGAAAGAACGCGAGAAGAAAACCCAAGAUCUCCAGAAACUUAUCACAGCGGCAGACAACAAUGCAGAGCUGCGACGGACCGAGCGAAAGAUUACCAAAAAGAAGAUUCAACUGCCUCAGAGCAAAUCAAGAAAAGAAUUGGAAGGAAGCUCCAAACAAAUUCUGGAAACUGGAGGAAUUAAGUUUCCAGAUUUCAAGCAGUCGGGAGUUUACCUCAGAAGCCAAAAGAUGAAGUUGCCGUCCUCAGUCGGUCAGAAGAAAACCAAAGCCAUAGAACACCUUCUUGAUGAGCUAGGGAUACCCAUUCAACCCAUGCCAACUGAGGACAUCAGUUUGCUCUACAAUGAACUCAGGUCUGACAUGGUCCUCCUGUACGAGCUCAAGUUGGCACACGCCAACUGCGAGUUUGAACUUCAGACUCUGCGCCAUCGUUACGAAGCCUUGGCUCCAGGAAAGCUCCCCUCAUCAGCCCUGUCGCUGAUCAACGCCAUGCCGCCAAUGGAGGAUCCCAACGAGAUACUACCAAUGUUGCUGGAGGAAGGAGGAGUGAUUGUUAAGAUGGAGGACGACACCUCGGAUGACCAAUCCAACAAGAAUAAGAAGCCUGUGUCAGAAAUCAUUGAUGUUGUCACCACAUCUCCUUCAACACCUCGCAAGAGACGAACAGCCAUUGAGCCGCCGACUGUAGUAAAGAAAAUCAAGAAAUUAUGAGGACUCGUUUCUCCAAAAAAGAAGGUCGUCUUAUUUUUCUUUCAUUAGAUAAAUAUUCUCAGAGAGAUAGAGAUAUGGACCAGGGUCAUACAUGUACCUCUUAAAUUAUUCAGUUGGAGAGAAAAAAUAGCUUUUCAAAAAGUCAGCAUACAAGAAGUUCUGAAAAGGGAAAAACUAUUGGGAAAAGUCGUUGAGAAACUUUGGAGCGGGCAACAGAGACCAUGGCCACUGGUGUCUGAAUGCCAAGACCAGAGCAACAGAUAGUGCAGAACUUCAACUUUAGUUCCAGAUAUAAUGUCAUCCAUGGAUUGAUGGUUAGUUGUGAACUCAUCAUAACUGUAGUUAGGGACACCUAGAAUACAUGAACGGAAUUUCAGCUUCUCAAAUCAGGUAAAAUAAUACAACAAAAUUGUGUCAAAAUGUUGCUCACAUUGUAGGGAAGCUUUAUACCCAGGACGUCAGUGGCACUCCUACCAGGUCUAGGGUGUCCCUAGCAAACCCAUACGGUCAUAGCCCUAGCUGUAACUACCAAUAUGGGUACGGCUUUGGUUUCUUUGUAAAAAUUAUUUUAUCAAAGAGAUGUGGCACAUGGUUGGUUUAUCAAGCAGGUGUUUCUGCCUAAAGCCCCGAAGAAAAAAUGUUUAAUAAUUGAAUCAUGAAUCUUGUGUUCUACUGAAUAGUUGAAAAGCAGUAUAAUUAAAUACUGUAUCUGGAGUGGUAGCUACAGCUACCAUUAUUUUAAGCAAACAGAAAUACCUUUGCUCCACAUGAGCUACGUCUACCUAUUUGUUAAAGGGUCUGGAUACCUUUGGUUUUUGGAACCCUUUGAAUGUUUCAAUCUUAUAUAAAUGUAAA